GAAGUGACGCACAGGCCGGGUCAAGGGGGCGGUCCGUUCUCUCCGUUGCUCUCUCUCCUUUGCACGCGGUUGAGGAAGCCGGUAGGCCCGAGCUUCUGCUGCUGAAUAAUGCCGGGAAAACUCCGCAGUGCAUCCAAGCUGGGAUCAGACGGGGCCGAGGACAGCAUGGAGACGCUGCCGAAGCCGAGCGAAAAGAAAACUAGAAAAGAGAAGACAAAAUCUAAGACUGAAGAAGCAACAGAAGAAAUGGAAGAGGCCUCUUCCUCCAAAGGGAAGAAAGCCGUUAAAAAGAAAGGGCCUGCUGAAGACGGUGUGGAUCCCCCGGAGUCCAAGAAGGCCAAGCAGCCUGCUGAAGAUGGUGUGGAUCCCCCUAAGUCCAAGAAGUCCAAGCAGCCUGCUGAAGAUGGUGUGGAUCCCCCUAAGUCCAAGAAGUCCAAGAAGGACGAAGAGCCUCAAGAUGACACCACUUCUAAAAGCAAAGCCUCCAAGAAGAAAAAGGAGCCCCUUGAAAAGAAAGCAGCCUCUAAAACCAAAGAGAUAGAAACCGAGGAGCCUUCCGAGGAAGAGGCGGAGGGUCCUAAGCCCAAGAAGAUGAAGAAAGGGAAGGAAGCAAAUGGAGACAUGGCAGAGAAAAGCCCCAAGCUGAAGAAUGGACUCUCCCAUUCUGAACCAAAAUCCAACUCCAGUGAAGCUCCUGGUGAAGAAAGUAGUAGCGAAACAGAAAAGGAAAUACCUGUGGAGCAGAAAGAAGGAGCUUUCUCUAAUUUCCCCAUAUCUGAAGAGACUGUCAAACUUCUCAAAGCUCGUGGGGUGAACUUCCUGUUUCCUGUACAAGCCAAGACCUUCCACCAUGUGUACAGUGGGAAAGACUUAAUUGCCCAGGCUCGGACAGGAACCGGGAAGACAUUCUCCUUUGCCAUCCCUUUGAUUGAGAAACUUCAAGGUGGGCUACAAGAGAGGAAGAGAGGCCGAGCCCCUCAGGUACUAGUCCUUGCGCCCACAAGAGAGUUAGCAAAUCAAGUGAGCAAAGACUUCAGCGACAUCACCAAAAAGCUAUCCGUAGCUUGUUUUUAUGGUGGGACUCCCUACGGUGGUCAGAUUGAACGAAUGCGAAGUGGGAUUGAUAUCCUGGUUGGGACCCCAGGUCGUAUUAAAGACCACUUGCAGAAUGGCAAGCUAGAUCUCACCAAACUUAAACAUGUUGUCCUGGAUGAAGUCGACCAGAUGUUGGAUAUGGGGUUUGCUGAUCAAGUGGAAGAAAUUUUAUGUGUGGCAUACAAGAAAGAUUCUGAAGACAACCCCCAAACAUUGCUUUUCUCUGCAACUUGCCCUCAUUGGGUAUUUAAUGUUGCUAAGAAAUACAUGAAAUCUACAUACGAACAGGUGGACCUGAUUGGUAAAAAGACCCAGAAAGCAGCCAUAACUGUGGAGCACCUGGCAAUUAAGUGUCACUGGACAGAAAGGGCAGCGGUGAUUGGAGAUGUGAUUCGGGUGUACAGUGGCCAUCAAGGGCGCACGAUCAUCUUCUGUGAAACCAAGAAGGAUGCCCAGGAGCUGUCGCAGAACUCCUGCAUAAAGCAGGAUGCCCAGUCCUUACAUGGCGACAUUCCUCAGAAGCAAAGGGAAAUCACCCUGAAAGGUUUCCGAAAUGGCAGUUUUGGAAUUUUGGUGGCAACCAAUGUUGCUGCCCGUGGGUUAGACAUCCCUGAGGUUGACUUGGUUGUUCAGAGCUGUCCUCCAAAGGAUGUGGAGUCUUACAUUCAUCGUUCAGGGCGGACAGGCAGAGCUGGAAGGACAGGGGUUUGCAUCUGCUUUUAUCAGAACAAAGAAGAAUACCAGUUAGUGCAAGUGGAGCAGAAAGCGGGAAUUAAAUUUAAGCGGAUCGGUGUUCCUUCUGCCACAGAAAUAAUAAAAGCCUCCAGCAAAGACGCCAUCAGGCUCUUGGAUUCCGUGCCUCCCACUGCCAUCAGUCAUUUCAAGCAGUCGGCUGAGAAGCUGAUUGAAGAGAAGGGAGCUGUAGAGGCCCUGGCAGCUGCUCUGGCCCACAUCUCAGGGGCCACAUCAGUCGACCAGCGCUCAUUGAUCAACUCGCAAGCGGGCUUUGUGACCAUGAUCCUGCGGUGCUCUAUUGAGAUGCCCAACAUCAGUUACGCUUGGAAAGAGCUUAAGGAGCAGCUAGGCGAGAGCAUCGAUGCCAAAGUGAGGGGGAUGGUCUUCCUCAAAGGGAAGCUGGGAGUUUGUUUUGAUGUCCGCACUGAAGCAGUCACAGAAAUACAGGAGAAGUGGCAUGAUUCGAGACGCUGGCAGCUCACCGUGGCCACGGAGCAGCCAGACCUGGAAGGACCUCCAGAAGGGUAUCGAGGCGGCAGGGGUCAGCGUGAUGGCAGGGGUCAGCGCGAUGGUGGCCGUGGUGCUUUCAGAGGACAGCGGGGUGGAAGCAGGAACUUCCGGGGACAGGGACAGCGAGGAGGAAGUAGAAACUUCCGAGGACAGAGAUCAGGAGGUGGCAACAAAGGCCAGAAGCGGAGUUUUAGUAAAGCGUUUGAUCAGUGAGUAGAGGCCGGAAGGAACUGCUCCCACUGUGACAUCCCAGCCUGCUGACAAAGCCCCAGUGCUUCCUUCCAUUUUUAUCAUUUCUCAGCUCCCCCUCCUUGCAGAGGGAGACUUCUGAACUGUCCGACUAACCAUCAUAAACUCUCUUCAUUUUGAUAAGGGAUAAGGAUUCAUUGCAUCGUUUUCCAACAUACUUCUAGAUUUACAAAGUAAAACCAACCAUGGAUCUGCCUAUCUUUGUAUGUUGAUCUUGUAAUUUCAUCUUUGUGUGUGUGUGUGCUCACUGGGGCCUAAACUCAGAACCUCACACAUGCAGAGCAUGCACAUGCCCUACAACUAAACUGCAUCUCUAGUCCCUAUACAUGUCUCCAACUCAUAUCCUACAAAAAAAGUCCCUAAGGGGUGCCUCAGUGUCUGGAGGGCGGCACGAGCCAGGGAGGAAUAUUUUGCAUUCCUUGGCAUCCUGGACUUGUCACAAACAAUUGCUGUGUUUCUGUGUGUCUGCUGAGCAAUGCUUUCGAUUUGAAUAGUUUGUGCUGGGCUCUGCAUGUUGAGGGUUAGAACACAGACAGCAUAGAUUCACUCUACAGUGUCUUCACAUAUUCUGUUUCUCAUUAGGUGAUGUGUGUUCCAGUGAAUUCCCCAGACAAGUAUAUAUAGAAGUACAUUUUCAUAGGACCCAGUAUCUAUAAAGUUCAGGCCCAGAUGCCUAACUUGUCUAGAUUUUCCCAUGAGUAAUGAGACUGGAUAAAUAGUGUGUAAGUGCUUUUAUCCCACUUUUGAAAGAUUGAUUUACCAAGAAAUAGAGGGAGCAUGGUGCUCAGUUAGUGUUGCUGAAAAAUGUCUCAAAAAAGCUGCAAAGAUGUCUUUCAUGUUGACCAGUGCGGAGGUGGAGGGAGGGGUGCUUUGAGUUGGGAGCACUUCUUUAAGGGACUGUAACUAUUGACUGUGUAAUCUAGGGCUUUUAAAGGGCAGAGUGGGACAAGUUUGUUUUCAGCGGCUUGGAUCUUAAACCACAGUGUUAAAUCUAUUUCUGUUAAGCUGCUUCUCCAUUGAAAAAUUAUCAUGGCCUUGAACUCAGAAAUCCUCCUGCCUCUGCCUCCCAAGUGCUGGGAUUAAAGAUGUGCGCCACCACUGCCCAGCUGUUUUUUCUAUUUAGAAUCUGUUUUCCCCUUGAAAUCUGACCAGACAGCUCAUCCUCCAUCCUCAGGAUUCUUGGGGACUUUUUUUUGUUAUUUGUUGAUAACUGUAGCUUGUAAUAAAUGUGGGCAGAAUUUAAUGAAGCAUUCACUAUUGGGAUAAGAAUUUGCUAUUUCAAGAAGAUGAAAGGACGUGCUGGCUCUAUUUUCAGGAGAAGAGGCUAAAACAUUUUGAAUUUUGAAUUAAUGGGUUAUCUUACAGAAAAAUCAUCUGUCAUAAUCCACAUAGUAGAAGGGAAGAAGAGACAACUUUCAGUUGACACAAUUUAAAUAGAACAUGGCUUUUCAAACAAAUGAAGAGAAGUUUCUUUUGGAUUGCAAAGACUAAACAAUAUUUAUAUGUAUAAUUCAGCUAUUUGGUUUAAAUGGGCUUAUUGGGAAAUGUUAUCAUUUUUACUAUUUUCUACAGAGAAAAUAUUUUCCACUUUAUCAGAUAACUCUGGACUUGGGAAUUGCAACCUGUUUUAUGUUCCAGCUGUCUGUGUCGUUUCUCUGAAAUUGUACAUACACUGUUUUUACAUGAAAAUGAAUUACUGUAUAAAGUACUGCAUUAUGCCACAAUAAAGAUACCAAUGCUUUAUA